AUUAUCUUUCGGGAAAGAUGGAUAAUUCUGUAAUUAUUUAAUUAUUGUGGGAGCAGUGAUGGGCCAUUCUGGGGGCGACACGUGGUGUUGCGAGUGUCCUGUUUUGACGCGUGUCAUUGAUACGGUUAAUUCAUGUCGACAGCUGCCUGCUCGUUACUGUUAUGCAAUGCGAUUCAUUCACGUAAAUAAAAUUUAAAAUAUAAUGUGAAAUGGAUCAGGCCGGCCCAAUCCGAAGCCCAAAUACAAACAGGGUAGGGAUCAGUGGAAUAACGGAGAGAGAUUUUCUCUGGAGGGAGUGGGCAAGUUUUUCCCGCCAAAUUCUGAGAAGAUUUUCAAAAUCAGUAGGAAGGAGGCUUCUUCCUCCCGGUACAUCUUUCUUCCAUUUUAAUUUCACAGAGGCUACGAAGAAGGCGACGGCUCCGAAGUCCAAACUCACGAUCCUCCGCUUUAUUUUGGUUUCAAUUGUAGCAGACCAAGAGCUACAGCACUCGCCAGCGACAGCAAGCCCUGUUUCUCCAUGUCUAAGAAACGGGGGCUCUCUUUGGAGGAGAAGCGCGAGAAGAUGCUUCAGAUAUUUUACGAGUCCCAGGACUUCUUUCUUCUCAAGGAACUCGAGAAGCUCGGUCCUAAGAAAGGUGUAAUCACUCAGUCCGUGAAAGAUGUCAUCCAGAGUCUUGUGGACGACGACCUGGUUUUAAAAGACAAAAUAGGAACAUCGGUAUACUUUUGGAGCCUUCCUAGCAGUGCGGGAAAUCAGCUGAAGAAUGUAUCCGACAAACUUAAAUCUGAUUUGGAAAGCAGUAAUAAGCGGUACAAGGAGCUUGUUGAACAGUCUGCAGCCCUGAAGAAGGGGCGUGAAGAAUCAGAUGAACGAGAGGUAGCCUUGACUGAGCUGAAAGGUCUACAAGCAAAGCACAACGAGCUGAAGGAGGAGUUGGCGAAAUAUGCAGAUAAUGAUCCAGCUGCCUUCGAAGCAAUGAAGGAAGCUAUCGACGUCGCCCAUGCAGCAGCAAACAGAUGGACAGACAAUAUCUUCACCUUGAGGCAAUGGUGUUCAAAGAACUUCCCCCAAGCGGCAGAGCAACUCGAUAACCUGUUCAAGGAGGUGGGGGUAACGGAUGAAUUCGACUACUUGGAGCUUGCACCUGCUCUCCCUCUCAAUUCAGUAAGCGUCCCCAAGGCUGAAGGCACUCCCUAGACUAUCUGGUUCACUGGCUCAUCAUUGCAAACUUGUGUAGAGUUGGCAUUAAGUAAACACAUAUAAGAUUAUAUAAAGCCAUAAAACAUAAUUUGAUAUUAUAUUGAUCAUUGGGUUAAUAUUCUAAUUUGAAAGGUGAGUUAAUUAUAGAUUUUGACUAUAUAAAUAGGGUUUGUCUUA